AUGCCACUCGACGACCGCUCUACCUCAACCACCACCACUACCACAACACCAACCACCACCACCACCACAACACCAACCGCCCCCACCGCCACCGCCAAAUCCACCUUCAAACACCUCUUCACCUUCACCCCGCCCCAGCACACCCCGCUCCUCGCCCUCUCCCUCACCACCGCCGCCCUCGUCGCCGCCGGCCGCACCGUCUACGCCGUGCUCCUCGGCCGCAUCUUCGACGUCGUCACCCGCUUCGGCGCCGGCCUGCUCCCCCCCGCCGACUUCCUCGCCCAGAUCGCCCAGUGGGCCGUGUGGAUGUGUGUUUUGGGGGUUGUGGUCUGGGUGGUUUCCACCGUGGAUGUGGCUGCGUGGGUGGUGGGUGGGGAGUUGAGGGCGAGGGUGGUUAGGGAGGAGGUUUUCCGGGGGUUGGUGCUGGGGAGGGGGGUGCAGUGGUUUGAGGGGCGGGUCGAGGGGGUGGGUGGGUUGGGGGUCGGUGUUGCUACGCAAACGAGGGAGUUGCAGACCGCCACCUCCCAGACGCUGGGGUACCUCGUCUGUGAUGUGUUUGUGUUUGGCGCUUGCAUCGUGGUGGCGCUCGUCUACUCGUGGAAGCUGACCCUUGUCAUGCUGGCGACGGGCGUGCCGUCCGCCCUCAUUCUCUGGGGUAUCAGCCGCUUCCUCGACCCGGCGAUUGAGGGUCAGAAACGGGAGCUCGCGCAGGCCGCUAAGCACGUUACUGCCGCCACUACCGCCAUCGACCUUGUCAAGGUGUACAACGGGGCUGACCAUGAGGCGUUUCAGUUCGUCUCGGCGAUUCGGAGGUCGGCCGAGUUCUAUUCGCGGCAGGUGCUGUGUAACUGCGGGCAGAUGAGCUACGUUAAGAUGUGGAUGAUCAUGUUGUUCGUGCUGGGGUUCUACGUAGCCGUCGUGCUGGUGGGCCGUGGGGAGCUCACGCCAGGUGAUGCGCUGACCACGUUUUAUGCCGCGCUCAUUGCCUUUCAGUCCAUCGAGACGCUCGGCCCGCAGUGGCUUGUUUUGGCGAAGGGCAUGGCGGCGGGGCAGUUACUUCAGGGGCUCGUCAAGGAGGGGGAUAGCGGGCCGGCAAAGCAGGCUACCGGCUGGUUGAAGCCUUCAUGGUGUUCAGGGGAGAUCAAACUCAGCAACGUCAGCUUUGCAUACCCGUCCAACCCCGCGAGGACAGUCAUCCACUUGUCGAAUCUCAAGUUCGAUGCCGGCCAGCUUACCUUCCUCGUCGGCAGCAGCGGUUCCGGCAAGAGUACGCUAGGCAAUCUGCUCGUGCGGUUUUACGAGCCCUUUGCAGGACGAAUCACCCUGGACGGAACCCCCAUCACAACGCUCAACCUUGACUGGCUCCGGCGAAACGUCACUCUCAUCCAACAGUCCAGCUCUCUGUUUAGUGAUUCUCUAUUCCAGAACAUUGCACUCGGCUCCCCGGAACCCGAAACUGUUUCGCCUGACGCCGUUCGAAGCGCCUGCAGUAUGGCUCUCCUCCAAUCGACCAUUGCCGGCUUGCCUGAUGGAGUGAGCACGACGAUCGGCCCUGGUGGCUACAGUCUCAGUGGGGGACAGAAACAGCGGCUGGCCCUUGCCCGCGCCAAACUCCGAGAUCCCCCUGUGCUGAUCCUAGACGAGAUCACGACUGGUCUGGACCCCAUCAGCAGGACUCUAAUCAUGGAGGCCAUUCGCGCGUGGAGGAAGGGCAAGACAACCAUCGUCAUCACCCAUGAGGUCAACCAUAUUGGGGACGAUGAGUACGUGUAUGUGCUUGCCGAUGGAUCAGUGGCCCAAGAGGGGCUAAGGCGCGACAUCGAAGAAGACGAGGCAGGGCUUUUUGCUUCAUUCGUUGCCUCGGCCGACAACGCCUCCUCCAGCGGCUCCGUAUCUGGUAGCGACAGUGAGAGUGAAUUCGACUCCGAUCUCCCUGAAGACGACCCCGUUGAGGAGGCUCAGUACGCCAAGCUACUCCGCGGCGCCCUCGUCGACAACCGAGCAAUGUCCGUGGGCCUAUUUCGGAGGAUCUCGCUGAGGGCUGAACCCAGUGUGUUGGACUCCCAACUUCACAAGUCCAUGUCUCGCAAAAGUACCAGGCGAGGCAAGCCCUACAAACCAGACCGCAAGUCCAUGUCCCAUCAGACGGAUAUCGAUCCCUCGGAGCUUGGCAAGAUGAGCCGCAGUUCGAGCAUCCACGCCGUUACCCAACGGGGCUUGGGCGUACAGAGGAGUAGGACUCUGAAUGCACGCCUGGCUCCAGAGGUUGAAAUGGAUGCGAACCGCCGGCCUUCGCUCGACUCACUAGAACGGUUUUUUCUCGAGCGCCUUGCUAAGCACAAGGACCGGGACAAACCAUCCAAGGGGCGUCAGCUUCCCUCCCUUACCGCCAUCCUGAAAACCGUCUGGCCAACGUUGGACGUGGUGGGUAAGGGGCAGCUAAUUCUCGGCAUUAUGCUGUGUCUCGUCAUCGCGGCCAGUAACCCCGUGUUCUCCUUCUUCUUCGCCAAUCUCGUUGGCGAAUUCUGGAUUUCUGGCGAAGAAAGCUCAGUCUCGCUAUGGGCUGGUCUCCUCGCGGCCAUUGCCGUCAUCGACGCAAGCGCCACCUUCUUCGGUUACUUUCUCAUGGAAAAGGUGGCCCAGAAAUGGGUCAAUACUCUGCGUGCCGAGGCGAUUAAACGUAUCUUGAGCCAACCCAGGUCAUGGUUCGACAAGUCGAGUCAUUCCCCUGCUCGCAUCACCCAGUGUCUCGACCGCAACGCCGAGGAGAUGCGCAAGCUCGUCGGCAUGUUUGUGCCCAUCCUUCUGACCAUCACCGCCAUGAUCCUAGCGUCGCUGAUCUGGGCGCUGGCUAUCCGGUGGGACCUCACCCUGGUGACGCUCGCCGGGUUGCCGGUAGCCAUGGGAGCAGCACGAGCCAACUCGCUGGUGAGUGACAAGUGGGAAGCUAUCUGCGAGGAAGCUGCGUCCUCUACUCAAGCUAUCCUGACCGAGACUUUCGCCAACAUCAAUGUCGUACGUGCCUUGACGUUAGAGCGGCACUUCUACGACAAGCACAGCCGUUCCGCAUCGGCCACCUACCGUCUCGGCGUGAAGCGUGCGGGCUUCGUUGGACUCUUUUACGGCGUGCACCAGUCCAUCAUCUUCUUUCUCACAGCUCUCGUCUUUUACUACGGCGCCAAGAUCCUCAGCGAGGGCCUCACCACGGUGACGGACGUAAUCAGAGUCAUCAACCUGCUCCUCUUCUCUCUCGGCACGUCCGUUGCCAUGUUGGGGAACGUUCCGCAGAUUGCCGCCGCCAAAACGACAGCCGUACAGAUGCUUUACUACGCCAACCUGUCGCAUACCGCAAGCUCCGAAGCGCAGGGCGAGAAGCGGUUGUUAACCCCCCUUCCAGUCCGCAUGACCAACCUCCGAUUCGCUUACCCCGGCGCUCCGCAAACCGAAGUCCUGCGCAACAUCAGCCUCCAAAUCGACGCCGGUACAUGUACCGCGAUCGUAGGCCCCUCGGGCUGCGGCAAAUCCACCAUCGCAAGCCUCCUCCUACGCCUGUACGACCCCCUCCCCCCACCACCACCGCGUCCAACCGCCCCCCCACCAACAUUUAAAUUCGACGCCCCCAUCUCGCCCAUCCUCGAGUCCCCGAUAACCCCCCACACCCAAAUCCACCACCUCUCCCUCCCACCACACCCCCUCACCUACGCCUACACGCCCGCCCCCACCCUGCACACACCCUCUCUCCGCAGCCACAUGGCCUACGUGCCACAAACCCCCUUCCUCUUCCCCACCACCGUCCGCGCCAACCUCGCCUACGGCCUACACGACGCCUCCCCCCUGCGCAGCGCCUCCAACCUCGCGCGCGCCGCGCACCAGGCAGGCAUCCACGCGUUCGUCGCCUCGCUGCCGCAGGGGUACGACACGCCGUUGGGGGAUGGUGGUUUGGCCGUGUCGGGGGGCCAGGCGCAGCGUUUAUGUAUUGCGCGCGCGCUGGCGCGGCGGCCGAGGCUGUUGGUGCUGGACGAGCCGACGAGUUCGCUGGAUGGGGAGGCCGCCGCGGAGGUGAGGCGGGUUGUGAGGGGGUUGGUGGAAGGGGAGGGGGAGGGUGGGAGGGGGAUGGCGGUUGUGGUGGUGACGCAUAGUAAGGAGAUGAUGAGGGUGGUGGAUCGGGUGGUGAUGGUGGAAGGGGGGGUUGUGGUGGAGGAGGGGGGGUAUGAGGAGUUGGUGGCGAGGGGUGGGAGGUUUAAGGCGUUGGUUGGGGGUGGGGUUUGGACGGGGGAUGGUGAUGGUGUGGGGAGGGAGAGUAGGAGGGGUGGGAGGAUGGGGGGUGGCGAGGUGGAUGUGGCAAAGGUGAGGGCGGAUACGCUGAGGCAGUUGGAGGGGGAUGUUUCGGAGGCGGAGGAUUAG